CGGCCAAGAUGGCGGCGGGGGCGCUGCCCCCCGCUCCCGGCUGAGCGCGGCGCUCCCUGCGCCUGCAGCGGCGGCCGCGAUGUCGGAGCCGGAGCACCUGGGCGGGAAGCGGGCCGAGUCGGCGCGGCUGCGGCGGGCCGAGCAGCUGCGGCGCUGGAAGGGCUCCCUGACGGAGCAGGAGCCCGUGGCGGCGGGGGGCGGCCGGGGCCGGCACGGCGGCGCCGGGGGGUCCCGCGUUCGCUUUGAGGAGGGCGCCGUCUUCCUGGCCGCCUGCUCCAGCGGGGACACCGAGGAGGUGAAGCGCCUGCUGGGCCGCGGCGCCCGCGUCAACACCACCAACGUGGACGGGCUGACAGCCCUGCACCAGGCCUGUAUAGAUGAGAACCUGGACAUGGUGAAGUUCCUUGUAGAAAAUGGAGCCAAUGUGAACCAGCAAGAUAAUGAGGGCUGGACCCCUCUUCAUGCAGUGGCAUCGUGUGGCUAUCUGAACAUAGCAGAGUACUUGAUCAGUCAUGGAGCCAAUGUGGCUGCUGUGAACAGCGAAGGUGACGUCCCCUCUGACAUCGCAGAGGAAGCAGCCAUGAAGGACCUGCUUCUGGAACAAGUAAAGAAACAAGGUGUAGACCUAGACCUGGCAAGAAAAGAAGAGGAGCAGCAGAUGCUGCAGGAUGCCCGGCAGUGGUUGAACAGUGGGAGGAUUGAAGAUGUAAAGCAGCCCCGAACAGGCGCCACCGCUCUGCACGUUGCUGCAGCCAAGGGCUACUCUGAAGUCAUGAGGCUCUUGAUCCAGGCUGGGUUUAAUUUGAACAUCCAGGACAACGACGGCUGGACUCCGCUGCACGCUGCGGCACACUGGGGAGUGAAGGAAGCUUGCUCCAUCCUGGCUGAGGCUCUGUGUGACAUGGACAUCAGGAACAAGCUGGGCCAGACGCCGUUCGACGUGGCUGAUGAGGGACUGGUUGAGCAUUUAGAAAUGUUGCAGAAGAAACAGACUGUGCUGCGAAGUGAGAAGGAGACAAGGAACAAGCUCAUUGAAGCCGACAUGAACGGGAAGCCCCAGAGUGGACUCUUCCCCAACAAAGAGAAGAUUCUUUAUGAGGAAGACACACUGAAGUCUGUGGAAAUGGAGGAUGAGAACAAGGACUCCAGCAGUUCUAGUUCAGAAGAAGAGGAAGAAGCUGAAGAUGAAGUUUCAGAAUCAGAUGCUGAAAAGGAGUCAGAGAGGAAGGAAGAGCCCUUUGCCAACCACUCCAGCCAUGAAACCAGGCCUAGCAUCACUGAGCAGAUACCACCACCCGAGCCCAACUCCUUCACUGCAUCUGCCAGAAGAUUCAGUUGGCUCAGCAAGUCAGAGGAGCAGAAGGACGAGUCCCCCUCGUCGUGGCGGCUGGGGCUCCGCAAGACCGGCAGCCACAACAUGUUGAGUGAGGUGGCUGCCACUCGAGAGGCACAGAGGGACAGGACUUCUUCUAUCUAUCGUUCCUCCUCAAGUCCUCGGAUAUCUGCAUUAUUAGACAGCAAAGAAAAGGAUAAAGACAGCAAGAGCUAUCUUGCCACAAUAGCUCCCAGAAGACUGAGCAGUACAAGUGAUAUCGAAGAAAAAGAAAACAGGGAAUCAGCUGUGAACCUGGUGCGCAGCGGCUCCUACACCCGGCAGCCCUGGAGGGAUGAGCGCAAGGGAAAUGAAGCUCCCCAUUCGGGUGCACCCACUACCUACGUAUCUACCUACUUGAAAAGUGCUUCAUUUGGUAGAAGUAGUGACCUGAGCAGUCCCUACAUUUCAGCCAGUCGUAAUACAUCUCUAGCUACCUCACCCACUGCCAUUGGCUCAUCUACCUCCCUGGGCACCCCGUGGCCACCUGCCUCUUCCUGCCCCACAGCCCUCGGUGUGAACACCACUGCAUCAGCCUGCCACUACACCAGAGCCCCUUUCAGGCAACAAACUGAUUCUGCUGUAGAGAAAAAUACAGAGAGCAUCUCUGCUAGCACCCCCCUAGGUGUAAUCACAAACCGUGCCAUACUCGGCUCUGCUAAUGGUGUUGGGAAUGCUGGUGCUGCCUCCACUGCAGGAAAGGACUUCUCAGCUGAGGAAGCCAGGGAGCGCAGAAGAUCAUACCUGACUCCUGUGCGGGAUGAGGAAGCGGAGUCGCUGAGGAAGGCACGAUCCAGGCAGGCCCGCCAGACUCGCAGGUCCACGCAGGGUGUGACACUGACAGACCUUCAGGAGGCAGAAAGAACCUUCAGCAGGUCCCGGGCAGAGCGACAAGCUCAGGAGCAGCACAGCGAGACGGCGGAGAGCACGGAGCCUGCUGAGGAGAGCAGGGAGAGGCAGGACACCCGGGCACGGUGGAGCAGGAAUGCAGAUGAGGAGACCGUCUAUCGGCGAUUGAGGUGCCCAGCACAAUCAGACAAACCCACAACACCUGUAUCUCCUUCCACAUCAGCACCUCUCCUCUAUACCAGUUCAUACCUGACUCGAACAAAUAAGUAUCUUGGUCUUGACUCUGUGAAUCCAGCAGACUUCAGAGGUGCAGCCACAGAGAUGGAGAAGAAUGAGUGUGAAGAUCAGGACUUAGACGACAGAUCUCUGAGCAAACAGUCCAUCCGAGAGAGGCGGCGGCCAAAGGAGAGGCGAAGAGGCACGGGCAUCAUCUUCUCAACAAAAGAGGAUGAUGAUGAAGUUGAUGGAAAUGAGGAGUUGAAGGAAACUCGGCAUGAAAGACUUUCCAGGUUGGAAGCAGCUACCACCCCGAGCACCAGUGACUCCUACAGUGACCGCGCCUCCAGCCGCUCCAGCGCCUACACCCGCCGGGAGAACCGCUUGGCCGCCCUCAGCAGCAGAGCAGAAGAGGAGAGUAACAGGGACUACAAAAGACUGUAUGAAAGUGCCCUGUCUGAAAAUCAAAAGCUGAAGUCCAAACUGCAAGAAGCCCAGCUGGAGUUGGCCGACAUCAAAUCCAAGUUGGAAAAAGCAACCCAGCAGAAACAGGAGAAGACUUCUGACCGGUCCAGCAUGCUGGAGAUGGAGAAAAGGGAGAAGCGAGCGCUGGAGCGGAAACUCUCUGAAAUGGAAGAGGAGAUGAAGAAUCUCCACCAGCUCAAACAGAUUCAUACUCUGAGGCAGAUGAAUGAGCAACUCCUGGCUGAGAACAGGGCUCUGACCCGGGUCGUAGCCAGACUUUCUCUGCCUGCCAAGCCCUCCGAGUCAGAGGAGCUGUAGCUGCUUUCCCUCCGGCUCAUCUCGCCUCCCUCUUCCACUCUUCCAGAUUUUGACGGAGCUGAAGUCAGACAACCAAAGGCUGAAGGACGAGAACGGAGCCCUCAUUCGUGUCAUCAGCAAGCUCUCCAAAUAGCAAUGCCAAGCCCAGGCAGGACGGAGCUGCCCUACACCAGCUGCCAACCCCUCCACCAGGCCUUGCCCCCUUUGUCACCUCCUGUCACCUCCUGUCACACGUACAGUGGGCGUUUCAGCCGUGGGAUCAACCUGUCACACCUGCCUUGCCCUGCCCGUUGCUGUACAUUCCCUCUCAGCCCUUUUUGCCCCCCCAACACCCCCCCUGCCAUUUUAUUAUUUUUAAUUUAAGCAUGUUGUGGUAUCUCAGAUGUUUUAGUCAAGGGAGAAGAACAUGAGGACUGAGUUUGAGCUGCCAAAACUUCUUCUUCCAGAAGCCCAGUCUUUGGUGUUGGACUCUGAUCUGGAGUAGGUAGCUCCUACUGUAAAAAGUGAUGCCUGAAGAACCAAUCCAGGCACAUCCAAGCCCUUUACAGGUGGGAAGUGUGAACGUGGGCUGGGACUCUGAGGAUGCCCAUCAACCCACCUGAGAUGUGGGGCUCUGGGUACAAUGUGAUGCUGUGAAAGCCACCAGGACUGAUUUCUGUAACAGGCUGAUGACAGCUGCUUUGCACAGAGACUUUCUUCUCCUUUGGCCCCAGCAGAAUGAGUCUUUUAUUUAAUACAAGAUUUCAAACCUGUUCAGUAACUUCAACACUGCCUCUCAGUGUCAGACCCCUUAUUCCUCAGUGUGUCUUUCCUCCCCAGCCUGGGAGAUUUGGUAUCAUGUUGUGUCCUUCCAGGGCUCCAGUUUCAGUAGUUAGUAGCAUCUGCUAAUUGCAUCUGGACUCUUGCUACUCAGGGUAUCACAGAUUCUUGCCAGGCCUUCUGAAGGACAAGCUUGAACCCCUUGAGAUCUGCUCCUGCUUUCAAAUGCACAUGAUCAUGAAUCACCUUGUACCCACCCCAGAAACCACCCCCCAGAAACACUUUCCUGCCUCUCUCAUGAAGGCAAAGCCCUGUGGAGCAGUCUGCUCAGGUAAUUCAGGCACCUGGAUGUGAUUUGCAGCUGGAGGCUGACCAGGUUAAAGAGAGAGGGAAUGCCAGAGUCCAGUCCCACCCACCUGUUGGGGAAGCAGCUUGAUGCUGGGUUUCAAGGCAGAGGAGCAUGAAGCAGCAUCACUUGUCCUCCCACAUGUGGGUGCACUGGUGUUAAGAGGGACAAGGAGCUGCCCUUGGGAGUGCUGGUCACCAUCGCUAGGGUGGUCUUUUAUCUGUCCAAAGCUUGUAAUAAGCCUUGACCUUGAAGCAAGCCUCAAAAACAAACCUCUUCCAUGUUGGACAUAGAACAGUCUGACUUAGUUCUCUCCAUGGGCAUUUAGACAGUGGCUCCUCUUCGUGCUCUGAGAUUUUGAUGACAGAAGCAUUAACCUGUCAUCAGAUUUGUUGGGCUUCCCCCUUAGUAGACUCCUCUUGAACAAUACCUUCCCUCUGAGAGACUUCUUGAAGCUGUAUCCAAACCAGUUUCCAAUCUACAUCCUUCCAUAUUUGUCCUUUCAUUCCCUUUGUCCUUUAAUUUCCCUGCUCCAUCUGGCUGAGGUGCAGUCUCAGUCACUGAACUCGGAGGUUCUACCUGCGUUUCCGGGCACUUCCUCUGACUAUGGGCUGGCAGCUCCCCCUGGGCUGGUGGGACAGUCUGCUCUGAGAGAGACAGAUGAGAUACUUGAACAUAAUCAUAAUUCUUGAGCUUGCUUAACAGGGUAAAAUUUAUGAGUCAGUCCUGGGCUCUUCAGAACCUUUUGCUGGUUGUUGCUUCAGAAACUGUUUAUUUUCCUCUCCCUUAGAGUUAUUUUCUUUGCUUUUAUGUUUUUUCUUAACUCAUUUUUUUCCCUUUCCCUCCCCAUCCUACCUGUUCCCACCUCUCUAACUCUUCCCAGAGCUGCCAGUUUUACCCCAGGCAGCUCUAGACAGAGGUUCCUCUUCCACUGCUCUUCAGCCAGCAGUUCCUUGUGCACGGCACAAGAUGCCGUUUCUCCUGGUACACUGAGGCUCUUCCUCUGCUGCUGUGCUUUGGGGAGGAAGAGGCCAAAGCUGGUAAUGGCAUCAGGGUUCCUGCAGGGCACUGCCUAAGCCAGGCAGCCUUUUUAUAUUUUCUUUUAACCCUGCUCUAUUUAACAGCUUUAAGUCUUGAGAUCGGGUCAAUGCUUUUUCCGCGCGCCGUUGCCCCUUGGUGCACUCUUCAUGUGAGUACUCCUGCUGUUCUUGAUGUUUUGCCUCUUGGUGACCCACUCCUCGCUUCAGACUUGGGCUCUCUCACCUCUGGAUGGGUGUCCAGUCCUUUCUGUGCCACCCAGAGAAGACUCUGGCCCGCUGGGGCUGCGGGUGGUUGCGCAGCCCUGACGUGCCACCGCGCGUGGCUCAUCCCAGCAGGAACAGGGACGAGACUUCAGACUAAAGGUCCUGGUCCUCUCACGAGGCAGGUUCCUGGCAGCGGGAAGAGGCCUGGGAUCUGUUUUAGGGAGAGUGUUCAACCCAAUCCGACAAAUUCAUCCUGCACUGACGUUUUGCCCCUCCUGCCAGGACACCCAGGGGCAGCAGGCAGAGGGUGCAGAGGCCUCACUGCUCUGCCAGCACCUUGUCCAGACAAACCACUUUCCAUGAAGUGUCUGCUCAGCACUGGAUUAUCCCCCUGGACUCUGACCAGGCCCCACCAACACCUGAGUCUCGCUGAAGAGCCAAAGCCAGGAGGAUUUUGGGAUGAUGAUGCAAUUGCAAACCAAGUUCUUCAGAAAUAAUUCUCUUUUUUUCUUUGCUCUCACUGACAUAACCAGUGCACUGAGGAGGUGACGAACAGGACACCUUGUGCUCUGCACGUGGGACAGAGUGCAAAUCAAGCAGUUUUUAAAACUGAUCCCUGUUUGAACCAGAGCAUUUGCCAGACGUGAUCUCCACUGGAGACCACAAGGGUUUUUUUUUUCUAAGCAAUUGCUUGGAGUGAAUUCAUUUUUAUUGCUUGGGGUGAACCCGCCUAUUGUGGCUGUGAGUUUGAUGAUGGCUCUUUGUAAAUAAACUCCUUGGAGAAGCAGGACUAGCUUACGAGAUGGGGAGAGAAUGUAUUUUUAUGCAACUUUUGAGUGGCCUUUCAAACCCUGAGAUGAAUGAUUUGUUUUACUGGUUGUUGUUAUAUAGUAUUAAAAGUAUUAUGUGUUUGAAAGUUUGGGAAUAAUAUUCACAUCUAUGAUGCUUGUAAACACCACAGUAUUUAUAAAUGAAUAAAAUAAGAGUUGAUAAAAUAGAA